AUGAAUCAGAAUUCUCGGUUCUGUCCAGGUAUCUUCAAGAAAACUGAAUUAGAUAGACCACCUUUAAUACAAGCCGAGAAUCUGGAGUACCAUUACAAAGCGCACAUCCGUAGGGCAAGUGAACGGCGAAAAAAGCGUUACCGGAAAGUCUCAUCAGCUUCAUCGCCGCUGUCUUCUGUAGAAUUAAACCAUGGUUGCUGGUAG